UCCAGGGGCCCUUGCAAAGACAAAUACAGGACAUGUGGCAAAGACGUGUCAUCAGAGUUCGUCCCCUUCCCUGUCGGCGAGAUCACCUUCACUGUGAAUGGUACACAAUAUAAAGUUAUCAAUCCUGAUCCGACCAUGAGCCUGAACGAAUGGAUUAGAGAUCAGCCUGGACUGCAAGGUACUUUUAGCAUCUAAGAUAACAUUGUGCAUCGACCUAACUUACCUUUCACUUUUAAUUUAUAACCUUGACCUUCCAAGAAGUUUAAUUUGCUUCCGCUGAGGUAACCCCACGAUAAGACGAUAAGUGCUCGGCGAAAUCGCGCGCGCGAAAAUUGGUAGGUCAGGGUUAUGGUUAGGGUUACAUUUGAGUUCCGAUUUUUAAGCCCGCUUGUGUUUCCUUUCCCUUUUAAUACAAGAAAAAUAUGGAACCACGGCAUUAUUUCACUCAACUUUCAAUUCGUAAUAACCUUCCUCCGCUUCUACCAUGGGCAGAUAAAAAGACUUAAGAAUCUACAACCGCUUGGUUAAGCUGGUACAGAAUACUACGUAGUCUGUUCACAAUCUUGUUCUGUUACAAAUUAAUUUCACCCCCAAAAUUUUCUAUAUAUUUAUGUUUUCUUGAAACUUGACACAUCUAGGUACAAAAGUAAUGUGCCGUGAGGGAGGGUGUGGCUGUUGUGUAGUGUCAGUAACAAGAAAUGAUCUGAGCACUGGCAAAGAUGUUACAAUUGCUGUCAACUCGGUAAGUACUCCAGACCUUCAAUGCGAUAUAAAAUUGUAAGAGAAAUGCUUGACUUACAAUAAAGAAAACUGAUGCUGUAUUAGAACUGCUAAGAAUUAAAAAUUCUCAAUUCAUUUAUUGAUGAAUAAAUGUUUCUUUUAUUUACUUAUUCAUAUGGAAAUUGAAAGUGAAAUUCUUUAGCAGUCCUUUGAGUUUAUGACUUCAUAAAUUUAACUUACAGAAAAAGGAAUAUUGGUGGUAUAUAUCCAGUCCUUCGGAUUGUUAAACGCCAGAUAUCAUAAGACAAGUCCCGCCCCCUAAACACAUCAAUUCCACCCUAUCCUUAUAGCGUGUUUAGGACAGAGAAGACAGAAACCAUACCCUGUUCAGAGGCAGAUCCACGUACUGAGGCCAUAUAACAAAGUAUUUCCGGGCCUUAUACACUAAGUUUUUAUACCUACUUGUUCAUGUUUAUUACUGAAACCUUCUUUUAGUGCCUAUUCCCAUUGUGUGCUUCUAAUGGUGCGGUUAUUACGACAGUUGAAGGCAUUGGGAAGUAAGUGUCAUUGCACGCAAACUUGUGUGUUUACUCUGCAGCCGCGUACGUUCUUGAUUUAUCAUAUCUGGCAAUAGGCAUGCCGUGAUAGUAGGGGUCCGUACACCUUCCAAAGCGUCAAAUGCGUUCUAAAGUAAAAGUUUCAUAAACAAAACCUGUAAAUUGCUUGUUUGUACAAUAGAAGUAAAGAAACGUGCUUCUACUAUCAGUGGGGUACGGUGACCCGUAAGGGACAUUACAAUAUAUUUUUUCCCUUAAGUUAUCGCGCAAUAAUUAGUCAGUUUAUCGCGCGAUAAAUGAGAAAAUUUAAAAAUUAUCGCGCGAUAAAUGAGAUCAUUUAAAAAUUAUCGGGCGAUAAUUAGUCAGUUUAUCGCGCGAUAAAUGAGAAAAUGUAAAAACUAUUGCGCGAUAAUUAGUCAGUUUGGGAAAAUGUAAGGGGUGACAGGCCGCACAUCUAUACCGGCGUGAAACCUUGUGUAAACCUUUUAUAUUUUAGCUCUAACGAGCAUGUCCUUUAGGGAUUUUCCUUUCUUCUUGGUUCUUUAAAAAUUUGGCGAAGUAACGGUUGGUUUUGUGUAAGAUUCCAUUUUUUCAGUAAAACUUCUUUUAAAGUAGACACUGAGGGCUGGUACUGUGUCACGAAAGGCAAUAUUUUUUUUCCUCUUUGUUGUUGUGUUUCAGGAGAGCAGACUCCCUCUCUGUGAACUUUAUAUCUGAGAGAAGGUUUUUUAUCAUAGUUUGUGGGUAGCCUCUGUCAAUCAAGCGUUUUUUUGAAAUUUGAAAUAUUUUCCUCAAAAGUAGUUUUUGAGGAGUUUGUUCGUAGGAUUCUCAAGGCUUCUCCUUCUCGUUUUUUAACACUCGGCGGGUGACAAGAGGUGAAAUGUGUGUACUGGAAGGUUUCCGUUCUUGUCUAUACGUCAAGGAUAGAUUUUUCCUUGAAUCUUGUGCCUUUGUAUACAACCGUGUCUAAAAACACAGUCUCAGUGUCAGAUAUUUCGGCCGUGAAUUUGAUAGUUGGGUGAUGUAAGUUUGCUUGUUCGAUGUACGCUUCGCGUUUCGAUGUCUGGUUUACUUAUGUCCCACAGGGAAAAGAUAUCGUCAAUGUAGCGUUUCCAAACUGUAGGUUUAAAAACGGUUCUGCUUAGAAUUGUGGAUUAGGUGUUUGAGAUUAGGUGUUUGAGAUAGCCAUUUUCUUGUCAUGUCAUCAAUAUGAUUCUCACGGUGAAGAUCCGUAAUUAGGCGCAAGACCUUGCUGUGUGUUUCUUUCACCAUGGGUUGAGAGAGAGGUCUGUAGUUAUGUUUGUCGCCGAUUUGUAUGUAACUCUUUCUUAUUUUGUCAGUUUUGUUCACGACUACUGCGAUAAACUGACUAAUUAUCGCGCGAUAAUUCAAACUUAUCGGGCGAUAAAAUGAACAGUUAUCGCGUAGCCUGCGUAGCAGGCGUCGAAAGGGAUAGAAGGCUAUUAUCGCGCGAUAAUUUUUAAAUUUUCUCAUUUAUCGCGCGAUAAAUUUGAAUUAUCGCGCGAUAACUUAAGAAAAAAAAAGAAGAUUGCAAUGUCCCUUACGGGCCACCGUAGUGGGGACCAUCAAGCGCAAACGAAUCUGUUUCCAUUAAGACCUAAGUUUGACGAUUUGUGCACAUUCUUUAACGCAUUAGAAAAGCUGCUGUGCAAAAAUAAUUAAGCUUGAUUUAUCGUGCUUCUUUUUCUAUUUAUUAAAAUGGUCGCCAGUCUUCAGAACGUUCUCCUACUCCCUUUCUGAUUUCCUUGUCCAUCAUUUCUUCCCUUCAGGCUCGCAUCUUACCAAAACUGUUCUAAGCAUGGGAAGUUUAAGAGCGUACGCUCCCAAGAGGACUAUCGCUUUUACGUCUUGAUCCUAAAUCUCGCUGACCGAAUUUUAACAUUCGAGCCGUUUUAAAACUAAAACACGAGAGUCAAGUUAUAAAUAAGAGGGACGUUGGAGCCUUCAGAGUUUUUUUUUUAAGUUUACGUUCACUACUGAUAAACUUGAAUUUGUACGUUGUAGAGUCUUUUAGAACUCGAACUAAAAGAAGACAUCGCGUCUUUUUACACAUUUGACGCACUAAAAACUUUAAAAACUGUAAAAAUAAAAACCUUGAGAUAUGUUUCGCUCUUCGAGCCUGUUCAGUCAAUGCAGUUUUAAUUUUACAGUUUUUAGUGCGUUCAAUGAGUAAAAAGACGUGAUGUCUUCUUCUAGUUCAAGUUUUUUCUAACAUAUCCCUGGCCUCGUCGUUUAGAAUUGUUCAGAAUAUUUUUUACAACUCCUUACAACAUUUGCAGGUUUAAGGUAAAAAAAACUAUUUUUCUGAAUUACAGUCGAUUUGACGGAUAUCAUCCCAUCCAGGAAAGACUUGCGGAUCAUAACGGAAGUCAGUGUGGCUAUUGUUCACCAGGAUUUGUCAUGAACAUGUAUAGGUCUGUAUGGAGUGAUGUUCACGAUACACGUUUCUUGUAUUGGAUUUGUGCACUUUGAAAUUGGUUAAGAAAUCUAGGGUCCCUUCUCCUACCAAUUUAUUUUGUUUUUAUGCCAGUUUGUUGAAAGAGAAUCGUUAUCCGUCCAAGCAAGAAAUUGAGGACAGCUUUGAUGGGAACAUAUGCCGCUGUACAGGUUAGGGUUUAACUUUAACUGUGAAUUGACUUGAGUGAACGCCUGGUUUUAGCGGUGAAUUUACCACUGGCCUUAAUCUGCGCCUUGAUGACUGGACCUUUAAUGUAGAUUGUACUAUUCGCUACAAAACACUUCAUCUACUAUUCUAAGACGUCUCUCCUCCGUAGAUUCUCCCGCUGGGAUUCAAAAGAAUUUUUAAAAAGAAAAUGUUAAGCGCGUUGAAAAACAAUGGGAAGAGGGCGAGAGACGGGGAGCCUCGCCUCGCUUCCCGUCAUCCCCCGCGUGCUUCUAUUUUUUCUUUUCCCAGCCUAGCUCCCUACGACACUAAGAGGGUGCAUUAUGGUCAAAAUGGUGAACUGCAAUGUUUCAGGACCCAUUAAUCGCCUUCCUUUUAUCGUUACAUCGUUAGGUUACCGUCCAAUUCUAGAUGCAAUGAAGACGUUCGCAAAAUCCUCAGAUCCUAUAGAUAUCGAGGUAUUUACGACUUAACCGGACUCAUUUUUCAUAAAAGUCAUCAAAGACCUCGUCCACAGUAACCCAUGGCCACUUUCGUUCGAAAGCGAAGACAUUUGACUUUAACCGGUAAAGUAGUCUUCACCGUUAUUUCAACAAACUUACAAGACAUUUCAUAGCGUGUUGUUUGAAAUUGAAAGAUGAUAAAGCCUUGAAAACUUGACAGUGUUAGGAAAACUGGACCAAACAUCAAUUGACCUUUGCGUCUUUCGAAUUAGACAACAUUAAACUUACCCUUUCAAUCCUCAAAAACCUGGGCCUUUUCCUUUUUUGUUACAAGUAUAAACCUAGUGAAUAUGUCCAGCCACACGAACCAAAUUCAAAUAAUUUCACAAUUUCACGCACCAUAGUCUUGCUAAAUGUUCAAAAACGGGUCGGGGAGGGUCUAAGAAAGACAAAAUUACAAAAAAAAAAAAAAAAAUGAAAAAACCCAACAGUCAGGGGCACCCAACGACAAUUUUCGGAAAAAUAUCAGUUCGGAAGACGAUUUGAGAUCUAGAAUUUUCGGAACAUUUGUUGUAAAAUUACUUGCUUGCCUGCCUCUCCUAGGAUUUUCGAACAUCUAAAACAUGGUAAAAUUGCCCAUUUUCAACGGAUUUUUACCCUAAAAAGGUCACCUAGAAUUUUCGGGAGCCUUUUUUCUGGCUGAAAUUUUCGAACAGGUAAGUUUUGAUCCCUAUAAUUUUCGGAUCACUUGACUUUCAGCUAGGAAAUCCGAACAGGUGAAAAAUUUAUAGGGGAUAAAAAUAUGCCCAUAUUAACCGUUUAAAUACUAAAACACGUUUAACAAUGCUAUGUUUAAGUGAUUUUGAACUAUAUUCUCGUUGGGUGCCCCUCAACAGUGCCCACUUAAACGUUUUGAAAACUUCAAGAACAAAAUUAAUUAUCAAUGGAACCUCGAUACAACGACAGGCCAACGGAUUGGCGAAAUUUGCUCGCUUUAACGAGGUUUCGUUAUAUCGAGGUUCUUUUUCAUAUACUUUGCUAUUGCUGGGGUAACGAAAUUCGUUCGUUAUAACGAGGACUUUGUUAUUUAGAGAUUAGUUAUAUUGGGAUUCCACUGUUCAACGUUUCUGAUAGGAAAUAAGCAAGUGCUCAAGUCCAUGUUUUAAUGGAGAGGUAAACUGUUUAAGAAAAUGUGUGACAUUAUCUGGUGAUAGAGAAGCGAAUGUGCUGUGGUAUUGUCCAAAGUCAAAAGCUGAUUUGUAUGCAUUGAUGUGUAAACACAAGAAUGAUAAAGUCAGGCUGGUGGCUGGAAAUACUGGACAAGGUGAGUAUAAAGAACUUUGUUUCUCGUUCAGAAAACAGGGGCACUCAACGACUGUUUUCUGUAAAAUAUCUGUUCGGAGAAGCAAAAAUUGCCUAGAAUUUUCUAUAGCUUGAGCAAGGCUAAAAAUUUCUAGAUGAACGGUUCCAUUCAUGUACAAUUUUCGAAGCUUUCGUAAUAAAUUCCCUACGAUUUUCGGAAGUUUAAGAGAUUUUCCCUAUAACCUCGUGUUUUUUUCUCCGUGUGAAUAAGGUUUUAGAUUCUGGCUUCCUUGAAGGCUCUUUAACGCGUUUAGGUAAAAUGGAGCGGCGUGAAGAAUUUCUUUUCCUUUUCCUUUUCUCCCUCCACUUUCUACUUCGUCAUUCCUCACCAUAUGAACGCCGGGAACAUGCUUGUGUCCUUGAAACUGUGCGUUUUAUAGCUACUGUUAAUGACUGAGCAAAUUAUUACUUGCAGGCAUUUACAAGAAUGACGGCCCUUUUGAUGUGAUGAUUGAUAUUAAUCAGAUAGAGGAACUGCACAACGUUCCGAGUAAUACCAAGGUAAUGUUUAAAAAUUGAAGAUGAAGCCCAAACGCCUUUCACCUUCAAUGGCAUAGAACAUGAAAGAAAAGAUUUGAAAUUGCAUCUCAUUUCUUACACUAAAAAAAAGUCUUACAAUAGUCGAAACAGUAGACAGAUCUUAAAUUAUUUUUUGACUUUAUGUCAUCUUUUGUUGGAUUGAUGAGACAGCUUUAGUCCGUAGUCCCCUCGUCACUUCAUUUUUUACUUAUUAUUUGUAAAUUCUAUUCUUGUGCGCCAAGUGAAUAAAACAAAUAAACAAGACUUAAUUACCUUGCACAAAGUAGUCAGGUCUACAAAAAAGUUGAAAUUUAUUUUGUUUUUUUUUUAAUUUUUGACUAGGAUGUUGUUCUUCUUUGUUAUAGGAACAGUGUGGUAGCAUUAAAAUUGGUGCUGGUGUGUCAUUGAACACCUUUAUAAGUGUACUGAAUAACAUAGCCAGGACAUGGGAAGGUUUUAAUGUGAUGGCUGAUCACAUACGCAAGGUAAAAUAUUUCUUAAAGUGAAAAUGGUCCUUGUAGUUAAACGGACAACCUUUUAGCUGUUGAAAAAGAAUCUGAAAAGAACGUAAGAAGAUCUGAUGAAUUUUUACGCAAGCCAAGCAAAAGAGCAGUUUUAUGUAAAAGAAUAAAAGACGCGCCUUAUAUCAUCUAUUACCCCAACCAAGAGAAAAAACACUCUCGCUCCAACUUAGCAAUUAGCAGAACGAAAUAGUACAUUAACGCACAGUGCUGACAAGUGAGGUUAAAAGUUUUUGUUUUGCUUUACAUUAAAAAAAAAUAAUUGCGUCGAUUGAUGGGCGCUAUGCAGAGUAUGUAUCUAAUUGUUCAACCCAAUUAAUUCAGAUUUCGCUGUAGAAAAUCAUUUUUUUCUUUUACUACAUUUAGUGUCAGGACUACAGAGAGCUAUUUUUAUACAUGUAUGUACAUAUUUCAACGCGUUUUUGGUAAAAAAUACUCAAAUAAAUAAAUUGAUAAUUCUAAUGAAAGGUAAAGUUAUCAUUACUUUUCUCCUUCAUAGGUUGCAAAUGUUCCUGUUCGAAAUGUGAGUGAUUCAAUAUUUCAUCCGGUUAAAUGAUAUCAAAGGCAUACACAGUAAUUUUGAAGGAGUUAUAAUAACUCCUUUAGUGGGGUAAAUUUAACUCCUUACAGUGGAGUUAUUUUUGUAGCUCCAAAAAGGAGUAUUAAGAACUCUUUCUCAGGGAUAAAAAAUCACCCCAGACAUUGAGGAGUUAAAAUAACCCGCAAAAAGGAGUUAUCCUGUACCUAAAUUGUUUACUCCAGUUUCAGAGUUAAACUAACUUCAAAAAGAGUAAAAACAACUCAUGUAAGGAGUAAAAAUAACCCCUUUUCUGAGUUAUUUUAACUCCAGACUGGGAGUUAAAAGACCUCUUUUUCAGGAGUAAAAAUGACCCCAAAUUUGGACUUUAAUUAGGAGUUAAAGUAACCCCAUAAAAGGGGUUAUUCUGUACCUAAAAUUUUUACUCCUUUGGAGUUAUAAUGACUCCAACAUUACAAAAUGUAUGACGGCAGAAGGUAACAGUGCACUGUUUUCCACAAAUUUUGACCGACGAACACAGUUACAGCAAGGUUUAAUGAAUUUCCAGCUUCAAAAAUUUCCAGCUAUAGGCCGAUUCAUCGUGACAUCAUUGUUUACAUUUUUGCUCAUUAGUUCUCGGGAAACAAAAAUAACUGUUUCCUUAUGGAUCAGUCGUUAAGUGAUUAAUAUUAGCCUCUUUCUUUUUUUGCAAAUAUCCACCCAUCUUGACCUCUUGCAUGGUGAAUAACGCAUAUGUAAUGACGUUUGGCUAGGUUGGUGGUAUUGCAGGGAAUCUAAUGUUGACGCAUACAAACUCUGGUUUUCCUUCUGAUAUUUUCACCAUUCUUGAAGCGGUUGGAGCAUGCCUGAUUAUCGGUAAGAUUCCUGUAUGGACAGUAAUAAAAACGAUAGGGUCAGGUUUGUGUUUAAGAAUUCACAGAUCUAUAAUAACAUUGCAAUAAUAUAUCUCUAUCAGUGUUUUUUGAACUUCUCAUCUUCCUGUAGGUGACAGUACAACAGAAAGUGAGUCUCAGUAUUCCUUGUUGGAAUUUCUUUCUCUUGAUAUGACUGGCAAGGUUUGUGAAUUGUUUACUUCUGAUAAAUAAUUGCUUACGUCUUUAGUGGAAAACCAAGAGAAUAUAAAUUUGCGUAUAAUUCAAAGAAUAUAUGAUACAACCCACAAAAAAUCUAUUCUAAAAGACACAAAUUUUCGGAGGGCACUUAAACAGUUGGUUUUGUGAGUACAAAGCCUUUCAAAUGGAGAAAACAAUUUUUCCUCAUGGAGACGAUACUGAAAAGUGUUGCCUUUCACUUACUUCCGUUUCAGUUAGUAAUUCCAAAUUUUCUUUCUUAUUCUGUCAAACGUUGACAAGGUCGAAAAAGAAAAGAUCCUGGGGACGAGUUUCUGGUGCGGAAUUCCAGAAACAAAGCAAGCAUGGCGAAACACAAAUGCUUGCUUUGGCAACUCUUAAAGCUGCAUCACACAUCCUUUUCGACUUCAUUGAUAAAACGUUUUCACAUUGGCAGUCUUAACUCAAUAACUUAUUUGCUGAAAAGGCCCAGUGCUACGAUUCAUUGCUCUUAGAAUUCUUAAGGGUUAACUUAAAAUUAGAGCUUUAUAAAAUAUACUACACUGGAACUACUGUAAAGAGUUUUUGCACAUGCUCACAGGUCAUCUUGGCUGUUAUGUUGCCUGCUUUAUCACGUGACUAUAUCAUUUUCACCCACAAAGUCAUGCCAAGAUCUCAGGUAAGAAUAUGAUAUUAAUAAAAGAUGCCCUUACCAAGAGAUCAACAUGAAGUUGCUUACUUUUUUAGAAUCAUUUGUCGUUAUUCUAUUUAGUAAAAAUACCUUCAUAUGACAAACCUUAUUUCCAUUAAUUUUGCGUGUACAUACAUAUUUUGGAAAGUAUUAUUUAUAUUGUCGUUCACACAAGAAAAAAUGACCAAUUUGCAGUUAACACAGCGAUUUGUUCAUUUCUUUUUUGUUAAGACCAGUCGAUUUACGAUGGGUUAAAAUAGCGACCCUUUGUAUUGUGUUUUUAAAGGGUUCGUUUAGGAAAGAUGGGACGUUUACUCAAGUUAAUCAGUACCUACGUUUUAUAAUUUCUUUUUCUAGCAACGUUUUCUGGUUGUAGCUGUCUUAUACGACCCUUAUUCAUCAUUAUUGAAAAUAAAAUCUCCUUAUUUUCAGAAUGCUCACGCAUAUGUGAAUGCUGGUUUUGUGGCCAAGUUGGACAAGAACACCAUGACUUUGAAUAAUGUUAGGAUUGUGUAUGCUGGAAUAACACCGUUUUCUGUAAGAACAUUUUCUAUAACUUUUGACAUGAAGGACUAGACUCACUUUCUGACAAAUUAUGACAAAACAAGCUGUAUAAGAAGCAUUUCCAAAGUGAAGCAGAAGAUAGCAUAUCAUUUUACCCCACAUAUUUUCACAGCCAUUUCAUAGGGUGUAUUUUUUAAUCUGGCCACGUUAACGGGUAUGCUCUUAAAUCUUGACUCUAACUAGCGACGAUCAGGCGACCGAUAGAUGUGAAGGUUAUCAUUUAUUUGCGGUGUGUUUUUUUAAUAAGAAUUAAAACAUCCAGGGUUGUAUCUAGGGUACUUUAGGGGUAGAAGCUUCCCCCCGCAAAUAUAUUGCUAUCAUUACAGUAUACAAGUCAUUACACUGGAAAAAUCAUCCAGACGUUACAAGGAAAGUGCACAUGAAGUAAAUAUUCCCUGUCUAAAGACACCAUGUGACCCCACGACUAAAAUAUUAAAUACAUCAUUACAGUAUACAAAAAUCAUUAUAUAUUCUGGAAAAAUCAUCCAGACGGAGUUUGUUUACAAUUUGAAUCAAACACAUUUCCGGAUGGGAUUUUUAUCGUUUGUGUCGGUCAAGUGCGUUUUCAUACGAUAUUGUUUCACCAAAUUCAACAAAUCAGAAAAAUGAAAAAAAAAGUAAUUUUUUGUAAAUUAAAAACUAUCUACCAGUAAACAACGACAAACUGAAAAAUAAUUUUCUACCUACCGUCGACAAGCUUCUUUGGUAUUUGUUUGUACGACUGCUUCAUUUAUCGCUCAAAUUUCGUCUUCCGAAAAUGUCUCGAAACGAGACGCAAUCUUUGCUCCGGUCGCAAAACAGUGAAUAACCAAGGAUAUUCCAAGUUACAAUAGCCAAUCAAAAUGCGUGAAAACUGCUAUUCACUUAUUUGGUAAAUACUAAUAACUCUUAUUUUGAUUUUGAUUGUUACAAUUCAUUUAUACUAUCAACAAUUCAUAGUUGAGUAAUGGAAUAACUUAUUACUUAAUAACUGUCUUUAUCGACACCACAGAUGCACGCCGUUAAAACAGAGGCAUUCUUGACUGGUAAAAACCUGACAAAGGAAAAUACUCUAACAGGUAAUUCAACCGCUGUCCACAAAAGAAGUUUACUCAAAUGUAUAUUUGUAAUAAAUCAUUCGUAGGACCAUAGAUCUCCUCGUUAUAAUAACCGGGGAUAUGCGGGUUAUAAAUGUUCCUUCUUCAGCUCUUCGUUUUCGUCUUAUGCCAUUUAUCGGUUUGGUUUUCAAUAACUCAUGUAGAUCUUUGUUUGUUUCAGGUGCCCUUGAAGUUCUGGAACAGGAGAUUUCUCCUCAUUCUUUUCCUACAGGUUCAAGCAAAAAAUACCGAAAAUCCCUAGCACUUGGUUUGUUUUACAAAGUACUAAACAAUUUUAUAGUAUUAUCUACAAUUUUCUUUUUUAGAAAGAACUGCCGACCAGGACAAGUGUGAUUAAAAGCUAUAAGAUAUAAAUUAAUGCUUUUAUUGUCAGACAAUAUCCCAAAUUGAGGCUUUCAUUGUGCAAUUUUUAACCGAUGAAAAUUAAAAAAAUAAUAGCCUCCUCAAGAUUUCAGUCUAAAUUAUUUAAAGCAUUACUUCUACUCGCUAUUCACGACGACCUUUACAGAACGGGUCCUAUAGACUCCGGCUUUUGUUAUGACCGAUUGAUUUUAAAUUGUUAGUUGUCGAAGAAAACGAGGAUUACGUACAAAAACUGAUCAUUUAUACUUGUGUUUUACAGUUCUUUUUGUCUGCUCUUGGUGAUAAAGCAUCUGCAAGAGUAAGAUCAGCGGCUAUGGCCUUCAUUCGUCCUGUUUCUUGUGGAGUACAGAGUUAUGACUCAAAGCCACAACAACAUCCACUAACAAAACCCUUGAAUAAACUUACUGCCAAAAUACAGGUAAAUAAAAACUAUUGCGAACGUGAUGUGCAAAGGAUCAAAAAGCUAGUUAAUUAACCCUUUGACGACGGCUUUGAUCGUGUCGGUUUUCUGGUUUGGAAAGUUCUAACAUAUUUUCCUUCCUGGACCAAUUUAGCUUUCCAUUUAAGAUAUAGAUAUGUUAAGCAGCAAAAUAAGCAAGCAAAGAUCUUUCCACGGGCCUCAUUUUGCUAAUUUGGAACAGUUAUGACAAAGUUUCCAAGAAACAUUUUUGUUAAAAGUGCGCUGCAAAUUUUGCUAUUCACCCUUCUACUCUUUGCAGAUUAGGAUUUUCCGUUUUCUGGAAAGAAAGACGACAAAGGGAGCAAGAAAACUGGUGAAAACAAAACUUUUAUCACCCCACCCAACAUUUUUUAUUAUUUUCUAAAUCGCGGACGGUUAAAGAGAUGUUAGAUGAGUUACGUACGACUUACACCUGUGAACUUGUGUUAUUGUUAGACAUCUGGCGAAGCUCAGUAUGUUUCCGAUAUUCCAGCUGUACCUGGAGAACUACACGCUGCCUUUGUUGUUAGCAAACGGGUAUGAACCAUUUUCUAUUAAAGACGUUGAUUUCAUUACUAUUAUUUUAAUUCUGAACAAUAAACACUUAUUGGAUGAAGGUCAGUGUAACAGGAAGAAUUAUUAGCAAUUAUGGGAUGAGGCUGAGAAUAAGCUAAAAAAUUAUCCAGAUCAAGGUGGGUGUUAUUCGUCUUCGGCCUCGGUUUGCAGUAAAGCUUAAAAAAGUAAUGAUUGAAAUAUGAAAAGAAACGUUCAUUGAAAGAACCCUUAUAAUAUUAAAUUGCAUUUUAGUACAUUUUAUUCUAUCAACAUAGCCUUGUGAGAUAGUUUAUCUGGUCUGAAGUGAGUUUUAAUUUUAAAAAAAAGUAGAACGUAGAUUUUCGUGUACAAUUCAUCGUAAUGAUUUUUUUUUAACUUGCAGGGAAACUGCAAGAUCAGUUCUGUUGAUGCAUCUGAGGCAUUGGUUAGUGACUCCAGUUUUAUCGUAAAAUAUAUUAGGAGAUCUAGUAAAACGAUAGUCCACGUUCGAUAUAUUAAAAGCUUUAGGGACAAAAAUGCAGGUUUUUGAUGACCCCAUUGUCUCGCAAAUCCCAGAAGAGACUUGAGCACAAAGACAACCAAACCACAUUUCAUGAUAAAUAUGACCAGAAAGCCUCGGAGUCAUGUUAAUAUAUCAAACGUGAGCUAGAUAGAUCAACUUCAGCUGCAUGCAAACGGACGCAAAAUUGUUGGACAACAACUCCCAACAUUGUUGAUGUUGUGUCCGUUUGGAUACCCUGUAGUUGUUGCGUGGUGUCGGGAGCUGUUGCGCAAAGUUUGAAACGGAUUAAAUGUUUAGCUAUGAGCAAACAUUUGCAACACUGUUGGCCAACAACUCUCAACAUUGUCCGUUUGAACGUAGCCUUAGACUCUUUAGAUGCAUAUAUUAUUUGGCCUCGACAAAUCACCCGGCAAAGCCCUUCGCACACUGCAGUCUUCAUAAAAAAGGGACGUUUCACUUCUCUUUUGGUUCUGUUUUGUGGAGCCUCCUACCAAUCAAAUAAUCAUUUGUUGCAAAACUAUAAGUUCAGCCAGAGCUACAAUUCAACGAACUUGUGAUUGACAAGCUAAGUUGUUCAGUGCAUGCACGGCAUUGAGAAAUUUUCUUUGCUUUGUAGAUAUUACCUGGAGUAGUCAAAUAUAUCACAGCUGCAGAUAUUCCCAAAGGUGGUGUCAACAAUUUUAUGCCAGUAUCUGAGUUCGAACCCGAAGAGGUAAUUUCUGAACUACAUUUGUACACUUUUUUAUGUAGAUUGUAGUAAAUCUACGUUAACAAUUUUUACCAUCUGCAUUCAAUAUGCAAGGAAAUUAUCGAAAAGCGCGAUUGUCAAUUAUAGACCAUCGACAGAUGACGUCUUAAAAAGUGUGCUUUUAACAGAAGAGUUACACAAGAGCCGCCAGCGAAUGAAUGCGUUACUUAAAACUUUCUUACCCGUCUUUCGGGAUUUAUGGAUCUGACGCAAUAAACCGUAAAAUGGAAUAUUUGUUUUAUUCAACAGGUAGAAGAAUAAAAGAACAAAUUCGCCUCGUACUAGUGCUCGUUUGUUACAGGUGUUUUCAUGUCGACAUAAAAACUCUUUUCUUCUAGGUUUCGUCUGUGUCUUACUAGUCGUAAACAACUUCUACUAAGCUAUUUAUUCGAGGGCUCGCUUGUUAAAUCUGAAAUUAUCUCGUUAAAUGUGUAAACAUUUUCAAAACCGUUUGAUCAUAUUGUACAAUACAUCGACUUGAGCUUUUUUGAUGUCAUCCGUCUGUGUGAUCCUUCGGGUAAGACUCAAUCAGCGAUCACAGCGCGCGCCGGUUUCAUUAAUAAUAAAAACUAUUCCCUCUCGUAUUGCUUAUUCAAUAUUAGUUCUUCAGUAUCACUUACUAUAUAAAGGCAAUAACGUUGUGUUUGUGUUACAGGUACUUUGUACUGGAAAUGUUUUAUUCGCUGGCCAGGCGUUGGGUCUUAUUGUAGCUGGUAAGUCCGUAGUUUUUUUUAACCCAUUUUGGCAGUUUUCAAAGAAAAUGAUACAAAUUAGAGAGUAAACCUUGAGUGAAGCCAGAUAGAAAUAAGAGGCCCUUCUGGUCUAAAAAUAGUAUAGUUUAAUAACCUGGUAUUUAACUUUCCCUUGUUCAUGUUGAUCCCAAGUUAACUCAAUCAAGUGAGUUCUGGGUAAUUGGGAACAUUUGACAGAGUGUGGUCGCUGUAGUGGCUAAAGGGAGGGCUUCAAAUUUUUGCUCAGGUCUGAAUUUAGGGUCGGGAAAAUCGCAGAUUUUGGUCUGAAAUAGGGUUAAGGGGUUAGAGUAUCCUUUCCGUACGUCAUCUGACUCCUUUAAAAGAAGCAAAUCUGAGGUAACGCUGGAAUAGACCAUUUUACAUUUGGGGCUUAGUAUCCUAGCCUUUGACUGAACAUGAGGCUGAGUUUGACCUGUUUUGAUACAAACCUCUUUCCCUUUCUUAUGGAAAUUAUGUUUAAAAAAUACUAGUUAGCAUAAGAACAACAUUAUUUACAUAAUAAAACAGCAAGGGUUGUAUUAAAACAAAAUCAACUCCAGCCUCGUUUUCAGCUGUAACCUUAAAAUGGGCUAGUGGGCGAUACCAGGGAGCUAAAACUGAACUCUUAACCAUUCAUACUGACCCGCUUUACGGUGUGUGAUCUAUCUGGGUUCCAAUUUUCAGCACAGUUAAUCUCUUCCUCUUUAGGGGUCACGUAGAAAGAGAUUUCUUUUUUACGACGCUAAGCUUUGUCCCUUUAGCGGUAGUUUCAGUGAGAUUUGAGAUUUGCCUGCUGUAGAGUAUACUCCCAUAACAUUGCAGUUCUAGGGAAAUAUAAUUACAAUUUGCAACACAGCAGUUCCAACAUCAAAUAUUAACGUGCAAUACUAGGAAACGAAAUUACUGGCGUUCAAACCAGUCCACAAUGGUUGCACUUGAUAAAUUUACUUUUGUAGAUACCCAGCGACACGCAGAUGAAGCAGCUAAAGCUGUAAAAAUUGUGUACAAAGAACAGAAGCCUCCCAUUCUCACCAUAGACGAAGCCAUUGAAGCAAACUCGUUCUUCGACGUAAAUGCUGUUGAAUAUACUUCCAAAGCUACGGAUACAACUUUAAAGAAAGGCGACGCAGAUGGUAGGCUGCUUCUUUUGUGAAUUUAAAGACACUUAAAAUUUAUAGGUUUUUAAAUCGUAUAUACAUGCGGGUGAAACAAGCGUACCAUUUGAUGGGUCAUGAGCAUGUUUUAAAACUGAACUUUUUACACUAUAUUGUACGUCUUUAUAGAUUCUGAGAAUCCUUCAUUUUUCCGGCUACCCAUCAACUUAAUCAACGAACGAUUUAAAAAUGUUUUAUUAAGUUAUUCAUUCCAAAACAUUUGCUCCAAAACAGAUUCAACAGAUCAUUCUAUUUUUGUAGAGUAUAUAACACUCUUUCUUUGUCUUUUUUUUUGUUUUGUUUUGUUUUUUUCAAUCAGCUGCAAUCAGAAACUCGCCACACAUUGUGCAGGGUACGGUGUAUACUGGAAAUCAGUUUCAAUAUCAUAUUGAAAAUCAGGUAAGAAAUUUUUGCUAUUGACCACUAGUAAACUGACUACCAGUUAAGUUCCAAAACGGAGUUACGACGUAUAUUAGCAAAUUUAUUAGAUAUCUGUUUUAUUAGAUAUUAAGCAAUUAUCGGGUGAGGUUGAGUAUGAUGUACAGAGGACAUUACACGGUGGCGAGAAGGUAUGAAUUUUAUGUUUGAGUGGCAAGAAAAAAUGUAUCUCACUAAUGAGCGCAGAGAACGAGUAAGAUACUUUUCUUUCCAAGAGAACAUAAAAUUUAUACCGAGGACGUAUUUGAGUGAAGCAAACUAAUUAAACUUAUUGCUCCAAAUUAAAUAAGCCUCUAUCAGAUUUUCGCAUAUCCCUUAGCAGUCCCAUCAUCGCCUUUGACAGCAAUGGCUGUGAAAGGGAGCAGGUAUGGUUCAAUGGUAAGAGCCUUCGCAUCCCAGCCACUAGUGAGGCUCCGUCGGUUUCGAGUCCCGGCGAAGUCGCCAUCGUACCUGAGUUUGUUGUUGGUUCUCUUCUCUGCUAGGAGAGCCAAUCUACGCUUUUAGUAAUACAGUAUAAACCAAGGGUUCGAAAUAAUAUAUUCCAAUCUGGUCUGAAAAUUGUCUCCGGUUAGGUUGGAAAACUUAUGCAGUUCUUUGAUGUUGUUAGCAAGUUUACGCAACAGGACGGCAGAAAGAAGAGGACGGCAAAACGCAAAACGAGUGUGACAAACGUGACGGGGCUAUUACUUACGUGUUUUGUCGAGAAUUCACGUAACGUUGACGUUUUUUGCUCUUCUAAAAAAACAUCUGAGUGUUUAAAGAAAUGUGAAGUUUGGCGGAAGGUCUCUUCAAACAAAAUCAUUGUCACACUUGUCACUCAAGGUUUGCCGUAGUCUUUUCUCACCCGUCCUGUUGCGCAAGUUCAUUAAAUGCGUCUACUUUAAUUUAGAAUGCCUUAAUAUACUCACUGGUAAUACUACUUUUUAUUGGUAACUAUAUUUAUGUCAGAUAGCGCUGUGCGUGCCAGAGGAUGAUAGUCUAACUGUCCACUGCGCAACUCAAAAGAUUGAUGGAACCCAAAGAGCUGUCGCUAAGGUUCUUAACCUACCAAUUCACAGGUAAUUAUAAUCCACUCUUUUCUGCGCGCGUCAUUUUUUAAAGGCAAUUACAAAUAACAGUUUAUAAAGGAACAUCAGAUAUUUCCUAUAAUUAUACUCAUGAAUGUCAUGAAUAUUCAUUCAUUAAUUUAUUUAAUUUGCACAGAGUUAAUAUGAGUGUGAAGAGGUGCGGAGGAGCGUUUGGCGCCAGGAUCACAAGAGCAAACCAAGUCGCAUCUGCAUGCGCCAUAGCUGCUUAUGUAACCAAACGGUAAACGUUUUGUUCUUUAAGGUUCGAUACGUAAAGUGGAAUACUCUGGGAUCGUUCUUUUUCCUUUUUGCACUUAAGAUUGAUCCCAAAAUGGCUUACGUACUCAGCAAUUCUCUCUCCUCCUUGCUCAAACAUAACAUUUCUAGAAACGGCAUGUUGGCCACGAAUCAAAGAAACCAGAAUGAUUAAAACGGAGGAGUUCCCCAAAGUGAUUUUCAUUUUUUCAGGGUACACCUAUCUAGCUUCGAGUCUUAUUUUUACAACUGUACGUAGAUUAUUUUACCUUUUAAUCCAAGCGAGUAUAACGAUUUUAUUUAAAGGAUCUUUUAGGGAUUCGUUUUAGGGUCCAAAAACAUUUUUAACAUUAUCUAGUCCGGUUUGCCUGGCUGCAGAGCCUACAGUCACUGUUUUCCUGGUUUAGUUUUUAUUCAGUGCGGAUGUUCCACUAAAACAGCAAAAUACAAUAUUUUACAGUGAUGUACAAUGCAAUUUUCUAGGCCAGUUCGUUUGAGAAUGGAUUUAAACACCAAUAUGGAGAUGUUUGGAUCAAAAGAACCAUUUAAAGCUGUUUAUAGGGUAAGAAAUUUAAUCUGUUCUAUCCGACUCAGUUUUACAGGCAACCUUUGGAGGAGAGAGUAAGCUCCAUAAAAAUGACGGGGGUCCUCGAAGUAUUUUAAGUAAAUUGAUACCAUUUAGCAACCUCGUGCCCAGGGCGCUUUUCCCUGGCCUCCAAAGCCAGGGAAAAGCACCCUGGGGACGAGGUUGACCAUUUAAGUUUUUCAAAUCUCAAAUGACGGUCUUGGCCGCGGUUGUCACAUUGCUAGUUUAGGGCCUAUAGGUUUUUGGGAGCCAAAAAUAUGAUGGGAGAACUAUUUUAACUGAUAAAAAUCUUGGUUACACGAGGGCGACAUUUAAUUUUAUAUUUUCUCGCCUGUUCUUUAAAAAUAGACAUUACGGAAAGCUUUAUUGUACUUUUUUUUUCACCACUAAAUCUAGGACGUUUAUUUCCGUUGAAGGAGGUAAAGCCCUCUCCUGAUCGCUAAAUGAUUAAAUUUCUAACAUUUGAUAACUUGUUUUCACCGUCAUUCUCGCUAAAACUUGUAGUAGACCGACGACGGCUACCACAUUUUCCCGCCAAAAUGGCGUUGGUUCGCACCCGCGCACUACUUAGUAUUGGGAAAAUCUCGUUCCCGUAGUCGUCCUUGUCUUAGAAUCUAAAGCUCUCUAAUUUCGCUCUGCUCACCUGGAGCUGAUACACCAGUUUGAAUGUUUAACUCUUUUUUUCACACCGUUGCCCAAUUAAGCAACAACUGAAGCAUUUACCUAACCAUUAAGUCUUUGAUUAUCUUACAUUCAUUUUAUGGCUUUUCCUUAUUAGGUUGGUGUCUCAGAAGAUGGUAAAUUGAAUGGAAUAGAUCUAAACUAUUACGGUGACUGCGGGUGCAGUUCUAACGAUGCCACCAUUUUGUAUGCCAGGGGAUGGAUGGACAAUGGUGAGGUCUAUCUCUCUACACAUCACCCAGGAUACCUUGCAAGCUUAGUCGGAAUCGUUGUGUCGCUUCCUAGAUUUCCCAGCCUGCGUAGCAAGCGUUUCCGAUUAACUAAUUGCACGAAACGCUGGCUACACAGGUUAUUGAUGUCCCGUUUUGUUCCCCACAAAGUUAAAAGGCGCUUGUUCCUUGUACGUUUUCACAUAACACCGUAGCUGAGAAAAUGAGUUUUUUCGCGACUGCAGCCUUUGCAAAAGGGCUUAAGGGUUUAUCUCCUGAUUAGCUUAAAUUCGUAUCAACUAUUAGUAUUCCUAGUUGUUGAAAUGCCCCGUCACACCUAUGUUUUUCCAAUUUCAGCUUAUUUUUGUCCCAACUGGAACAUUGUACCUCAUGCUGUUCGCACCAACAAACCUUCAAACACAUGGUGUCGCGCACCAGGUAUGCUAUAACCUUUUCUCAAUUUGGGAUCCAUUUAACAAGGCCUAUCGAACAACAUGUAGCCGUGCAAGAGACAAAGAAAAACUGUGUAAGUGAAAAAAAAAAAGGCCUUGAAAAACGAAUUUAUGACAAUUUGACUUUUAUUCAACGUGCUGCAACAAAACCAGUAGGUCAAAGUAACAAAUCCAAUUGCAAUUAUUUCCUGGAAGUUUACACCUAGUGAGAUUUAUUACCUCGAACUGAUUUGAAACUUUUAUCAUCUUAACAGCUGGAGAUAAUAAACUAGGACUUGUUUCGAUUAUACUGCAGUUUAAUAAAGCUUUUUUUUUAUAUUUCGUCCAAGGCUCUAGCCAAGCGGUUUUUAUUAUGGAAUCAAUUAUGGAACAUGUUGCCAAAACUUUGAACAAGACACCAGAGGAAGUGAGGGAACUAAAUUUGUACAAGAAUGAACAAGUAAGUUUUAACUUUCUUCGAUAUAAGUUGAAUUUUUUGAAUUUGUGUGUUGAGUUGUUCAUUUUUAUUUCCAGUUUAGUCAUCUAGGGCUUUAUUCUCACAAACUCCUCAAGUAAAGUAAAAAACGAUAAACACAACCUGAGCAUAUACCUACACCUUUGCCUUGUCUCUAUGCCUCGUUAUUCCUUUAAAGAAAUGAAUUGACCGGGAAGACCUGGAAAAACGCUUUACAGGUACUAGGCAGCCUCUACCUGAGCUUUGUAAAGCGAUAACCCCAACCUCCUCUCACCACUCACCGUCCCCAAGGACGUUUAGGGAGCGAUGAGAGUCGGGGGGCUCACGGUAUUCGCAGGAGACGACGAUGGCCCCUGGAGAUGGCCCAAAGAUAUUUCCAGAGGACCCUUUGACAGUUACUGAAACAUUUCAUGAUCAAAUUCUGUUUUCUUUCCCUCCUCUUUCUGUUUCGUCCCGUUUAAGAAAGAUAAAAAUCUAAUUUAUUUAUGUGUCAAAAUAACACUUUUCACUUGUAUUUUUUAUUAGUUACUUACUACUAAUAAAAAAUUAACUUUCAAAAAAAUCAAUUAAAGGAUGUUGUGGGAAUUACUCAUCACAGUUUGUCAAAACCUUUACAGGUAACGCAGACGGGACAAAAGCUUAAGGACUGUAACAUAUCUAGUCUAUGGAAUGGUAAUAUUUGUUUAUUAAAUAUUUUUGGAUUGCAUUGCGCGUUAAUCAUUUUCAUUUACUCUGACUGGCGUGUCGCUACGGUUUUACAAACAAAGAAUCGAAAUCUGCCGAUCCAAGCAAUUGCAACCUUACUUGGACAUACUUAUGACAUGGCACCUAGGUUGAAAUCGCCGUUUACCACAUCAAAAUCACUUCCAUUGCACUUUAGAGACAACCAAUCAUUCUCAAGCAUCACUCACAACAACUAAUUUGGUAUGGUUCCGCUUUUUCUUUUUUUUUUUUUAGACCUCAUGCUAUCAAGUGACUUCAUGAAGAGAAAAGAGGCAAUUAACACCUUUAACAAGGUGAGGAUGAGUUGGUUUCUGCGCCUCAUCCUCUUGAUCUUUCUAGGACCUGAUAACUAAACUGCACUAAACCUCUUCUCGUUUUCAAUAUUUUUGCCCCUGCUAGAAAAUAUAGAGGAGCCGUCUAGUAGAGACCUUUUUCCAUUUGGUCUACAAAAACUUAGCUACAAAGUUAGUUGAAUCCGUAAAAAGCUGAUUCCCUUUUAAUUCAUUGUUUUCAUCUACACUGAAUUUGAAAAGCCUUAUUGCAAUUGAAAAAUAAACAAUAGGUUUCUAUACAAAAACAGAAUGAUGUGUUAAGUCGAUUAGCCUUUUUUUAGAACAAUCGCUGGCGGAAGCGUGGAAUCAGUGUUGUUCCUCUAAAGUAUGGAGUGCGGUGGGAUGGUAGGAGGCAUACUGCUUUGGUGUCAAUAUAUCAUACAGAUGGCACCGUCGCUAUUGCUCAUGGAGGAAUUGAUAUUGGGCAAGGAAUUAACACCAAGGUAUUAUUAAUAAAGCGUUAAAAGAAACCUAGGCGCUCAAAGUCUUUCCUAGUGAUCGUUGUCGCAAACGAGGGCUGUGACUGCUUUUAUGGCUGAAUCAUUGUUUCCAUAUGACUGUUAAAAUCGCAGUCACCGAACAUUCUUUUAACGAUCGCGGCGAUCAUAUGUGGAAACCACCCAUUCUAUACAAUCAAGGCAGGCUUCCUACCCAGGGGUGAGAGCUGGGGAAAGCGACUCCCAUAUGAAUGCAAAAUUGGAGUUAAACCUCUUUAGGAGACCAAUCGUGGUGUGACUCAGGCUUUCUUUAGCCUCAAAGGAGACUGUACUAAAACAGACAACUAAGGAAGAUAUAUAGAUAUUGUCAUUGUGCUGAAGACGUUGAAAUCAAAUGCUGCCUUCAACACAGAAUGACAGUGGUUCAUUUGUUUUAUGUAGAUAAUUCUUUACGUACAGCCCUAAGCGAUACCUCAAUGGGUAAAAACAUUGGCUUUCAGUCUUGAACAUUCUAAUCGAGACCGAAAACUGCAAAUAAAAUCACAUCCCUAAGCGAGUAGACGAGAAACCCCUUCUUUUUCAUAUGAGGGUCCCCCGGGCUUAAUGCUUUAUCCACAUUAUCUGAUAGAGGUAUAAUAGGAGGUGCCCAUUAGAUACAAAUACAUGCAUAUAUCAUACCGUAAGAUUCUGCAAGACAAAUUAAAGAGAGUCCACUACCUUGCAGUAAAGGUGAAUUCAAGGGCUUACUUGAGUAAAUUGAAGUAAUUCUUAAUGGAUUAAACUGAUAAAUAAUGACUUUCUCCAAAUUGCACCUGCUUUAAACUUUUAUCUUAGAAUUUUCGAACUAAACUAACGAAUUUUCUCAAGCAUUUAGUAAUGUUUUUUGCCUCACUAUAGUCAAAGCAUUUUAAAAUAUAUAGUAAAGACCUGUCCAGAAUUACCCCUUAGUGCUACCUAAUGGAUGAGAAAUUUUCAUUCGCCUUCUUUAAAACACCAAACUAUUUCCCCGGCCCAUGUAUAUCUUCUUUUUUGGCAUCCUGGCUGUCAUUAUUCUGAUUAUUUCAGUAAUACAUUGGAAUUGGCCCAUUAUUACGUAAAUUAAAUAAAUGAAAGGUAUAUCUUUUAGGUUGCUCAGGUUGCAGCGCACCAGCUGAAGUGCCCACUGGAAAUGAUUGUCGUCAAACCAACCACAGCAUUUACCAAUCCAAACAGUACGUGACAAACCUGUAAUGUUACCUUUGACUGAUAUCUUUCGACUUUACUCGGAACAUUUGCCCCUGCCAGAUAGGAUUAAUAUCCCCUGUUAAAACUGUACAACAAAACCGAACAUCAUUUUGUACAACAAUAAAAAGGAAAUAGCUGCUGAAGAAUUGCUGUUGUUUCACAGCAUUUGAUCCUGUCCAAACUAUCGGAUUUUUUGCAUCACAAACAUACCUCACCACUGCCCCGCUUCCAAACGAUGUUCAUUGCAUGAUGGCGACUUAUCAUGUAACAUCCAUAUCAUAUCUGGUAUAUGGUCACGCCCAAUUUAAUUUUUUGCAGAUUCAAGCACGGCUGCAAGCUCAACAAGUGAGAUGUGUUGUAAGGUUUGUACAGCUACCAGUCCAAUUCGUAAUCUCAUUCAUAAAACCUGCCUUAAAAAGUAAAAGAGCCAAAAGUUCUUUUACAUUGCGACAGCUUGAAUCGGCCACGAACACUUGGAAGAAGAUUAUCCAAUCACUACGUUUUAAGAAAACAGAAGAUUCUGAGUUUUUUUGCCAGUGGACCAAAAGCAUUCAUAAAUUUGAGGGCUUUUUCCUGAGAGGUCAGGUAUGUUCAAACGAUUUUAAAGGUUUCACAGUUGCAUAGUCUAACCUUGUCUUUUAUUAGUCCGUUUACAAAAGAACUUGAAAAUCUUUUGUUUCUGAAAGCGUUGUGAUUGGAUAAUCUAAAUGCUAAUACUAAUUAUAAAAUGAAUGCAUAAUAAAAACUAUACCAUAAACACUGGAGAACUCAAUUUCAAUCAAAUAUUAUUAAUUCGGACAGGGGCAUAGCCAUCACAUGGACCGGUAGGCCCAGGCCUACAAAUGUUUGGUUUUAUCACUGUACCGUUUGCCAGUACCAAGUUAUGAGUUGUUGAGGCGAGCUAAAACGCUUAAGAGCUCAAGAGAGCUCAAGAGCUUUAGGAUAUGUGGAAAUGAAACUAGUCGAAAAGCUGGCUACGCCCCUGAUGACUUCAAUAAACUAACGAAAACCUUCCCAAACCGAACUCCUGGAGCUGGGACUGGUAGUUGUCAAGUCAAGUGGAAAGUCGUCCGUCAUUCAAAGAAUUGACUGUAGUAUUGGUGCUAUUCACCAUUUUUUCCCAAACAAAUGUACCGUUCAGCCCUUCAUCUCCUAACGCCACGAAAAAUCUAUGCCUAGGCCUGUUACCGUAUAAAUAACUAACUUAUUAUAUGGCACCGUCCAAUAGUCAUAAAAUAUUUUUUUUAGGCGGUAAUGGAAUGCUGCGACGUCUUAAAUAUAGUGAUUGAUCCAAUCAGAAAAACCAUGCCAUCCGGCGCGUCCUGGCCUGAACUGAUUGAAAGGUGCUAUGAUAAUGGAGUGCAUUUAUCAGCCACGAGUAUGUAAGUUUUAUACCACACCAUAUUUGCUUUCACUGAGGUUAAACAUUGCAUUAUUUAUCUUUCUUGAGAAACACUCAUUCCUGGGGUUUGAACUGAAUGUUGCAUAGUUUAUGUUUCGUGUUGUCCUUAGUACUGUUGUUGUUCAUGGUAUUGAUGAAAAUUGAAUUGAUCAUGAAAAAAUGAUCAUUUUACAAGGAAACGAAACCAGGAAACGUAAGAUCACCAUUCACAUUUAAUCCACCCAUUGCAGUCCAGUAUGUCCGACCAACAAAUGACCCACUUUUACUUGCCCUAGCCCCCUUGAGCGCGUUUAGCUAAUCAAGAGGCAGAAAGUCUGGACUUUAACUUCAAAAGGUCAUACGGGCUAGACUCCUAUUGGGAGAAACUGAGAUAUUUGUUCCCAAUACUUCUGUGUUACUGACUGAGAAAAACAUUUUUCUUGAAUCCUAUGAUAAUCGUCAGGUCAACAAAGUACGUAAGACCAAUAAAACCAUACGGAGAGUUAUCUUUUUUUGCCCUUUCUUAGGUACCAAGAUCCAACACCUCUAAGUGACACAUAUACAUACAACACUUAUGGCUUGACUUGCACUGAAGUUGAGGUUGAUGUACUGACAGGAGAAAGAGAAAUCUUGCGCACUGAUAUACUGAAUGACUGCGGAGAAAGGUAACAUCAAAAAAAGACUUUCAAUUGCACGUGUCCAUAUUGUGGUGGACAGAUGCCUUUGAAUCACAAAGGUGUGCUUUGCGAGUCGAAAUGUUUCCAGCUUGAAAAUCAACAUUCAAACAUUAUGUUAAAAUCAAAACUGGUCAAUUAAUGAGUGUUUGAGCCUAGAAACAAAUGUUUGCUAAAGGGUUGUUAGUCUUGUAGAGCGUUUUCAGUCAACAAAAAGCCUCCCACAGAACACCAACUAUUGCCCCCAUUGUUUUGGGACACUAAAAGGCAGGAAGUGACGUCAUGUGAAAACGCUCUGUUGAUGCAAAUACGUGAAACUUCUAUCAAAAGUAGUUGGUGUUCAACACGGCCUCUUUAAUUUAAACUAAAAUGAUGUAAUGCUGUAAUGAUAUGCACAGCAAGAACCCUGUUCUGGACAUUGGUCAGGUGGAGGGUGCCUUCAUGAUGGGAGUUGGUCAGUGGCUGACAGAGAAAUUCAUCUACGAUCCUCAGACAGGGAGAAACUUAAGUAAUGGAACUUGGGUAAGUGUUUGCAAUAGAUGAAGCUCUGACUCGCUUCUUAAGCCUGUGGUGAUUCUUGAACAUGGCAAAGGUGCCAAAUAUCUUUAACAUUAUUGCAGUUGAUUUUUGUUGGUUGUGCCAACAUCAAAGAGUUCAGUGGUGGCGCAAGAGUUCAGUGCGACACAAGAAAAUAUCAGGGGUACGCUAUUACAUUGGGGCGAUCAAUCUAGGUGGCUUGUGAUAUCAUAUCUUUUAACCAAGUUGCACAGUGUAUCUUCAGUUAUUUGGACAACAGACCCCAAUCAACAGUGUCAAUAGUCGACGAAGUUGAUGGAUAGAUUGGCAGAAACAGAUUGACAGUGGAAAUGCAAAGAAGACUAGGUUAAGGAAUGGCAAUCCCGUCUGAAAUUCAUGGUUUGCGAAACACUUUGAAUGUUUUUUUUUUUGCACGCUUCAUUUGAAUCUCAAGUUAUCCGCGCCCCCUCGCUUUCGUCUUCCUGUUGUUAUAGCUUAGCAGUUAAGUCGUUAGAGUAUUUUCCAAUAGUGCCCGGGUAUGACUUUCACACACGAGUUAAUAAAUCAUAAACUUCUUGAAAACUAAUAAUAACCAAAUGUCUUUUACUUGUAACUUACUGCAGCUAACUGCUCACCUAUGUUUCAAACUGCUAACCCUUGUAAGGAAAUCCAGGACAGUCUUGGACUCCACGGUGUUGAUUCAGGAUUCUUGAUUUUCAGUUUUUGCCAGAGUAACUUGGAUUCCGGAUUCCUUGAGCUGUAUUCCGGACUGCAAGGCCAAGGAUUCCGGAUUCCACUUGAAAAUUCUCCUGGAUUUGGGAUUCCAGAAUCGAGAUUCCCUUACAGGGGGCGAAAAAUGGACUUCUGACUUCUUUUCUGUAUUAUAUUAGGACUACAAGCCUCCAUGUUCAAAGGACAUUCCAAUUGACUUCAGAGUAUCACUACUGAAGAAUGCUCCAAAUCCACUUAGCAUCAUCAGAUCCAAGAGUAAGCAAAUCAACUUAUUAACUGCAUGUAAGGAAUGACCCUAGUCGUGAUUAUAAAAAAAAAUUCCGUAUUUAUUUUGUAAAUUUUCCAGAAUCCUAAAGGUCAAAUGCUGCAAUAUGAUCAAUAUUAAUUUAUGAUCAAGUAAAGUGUCUUAAAAUGUAUUUUAUGUCUUAUGUUUUAUCAGCUUCAGGGGAACCUGCACAAUGCAUGGCCUGCUCGUGUUUGUUUGCUGUAAAACACGCUGUGGAAGAAGCACGAGCCGAAGUCGGCAAAGGAGAAGAAUAUUUUGUCAUGAGUGAGUAACGUUAUCAUAAACUUUUUACUAUGACUGAAAAAUAUUUCUCCGUCUCCUUUGGUCGAUUUGAGUCAUUUUUUUAUUGCGUAUCAUGUCGAGCUCUCACUGCUUGGUCAACAGACCCUUGUCCGGCGGAUACUCAUUUUAUCUCUUUUUAGUUCACUUUUUAUAUCAAGGAUAAAAUUUCAACCACCACGUUUUCACCAGCACUUUUUUUCUGGUUAUUUUAGAUGGGCCCAGCACGGUAGAGGAUACACAGUUGGCAUGUCUUGUGGAUCUCAGCCACUUCACCCUGUGA